UACUUCAAUAAUUUACAUGGUCACUCAGAUACAACUCCAUAGCCUAAACACUUGCAAAAUUCAGCAACUCCAUCAAAUUUUCAUGGAAAAUCUUCGUAUCCGUAAAACCCCUCUCCCUCUAUUUUCUGUGAUUGUUUUUCUCCUCCAUCUCUCAUCCCUUCACUUUCCCUCGUUGGCUUAUGAGCCCCCUGAUAAGUACUUCAUCAACUGUGGGUCAAAUGCUAAUGCCACCCUCAAUAGCCGUGUCUUCAUUGCAGAUCGUUUCUUCCACUCGAAGGCGAGCAACGGUAUCAAUGGCGGCAACCAGUCGAAUCUUAACCUUACAGCAAGAAUUUUCAGGCAAGAAUCCUACUAUGAGUUCGACAUCACUGAAAACGGUACUUAUUUUGUACGUUUGCAUUUCUUGGCUUUCGCCUCUUCCUCAAGUAAUCUCUCCGCUGCUCUUUUUGAUGUUUCGGCUUUUCCUAAUAUUUCGAAUCCCGGAUUCAUGCUGUUGAAGAAUUUCACUGCUAAGAAUAGUACUAGCAAUUCUACGAUAAAGGAGUUCUUUCUGGGCAUUCAUCCUGGCUCAUUUAGGAUAUACUUUACCCCUCGUGGAUCGUCUUUUGCAUUUGUAAAUGCCAUUGAAGUCUUCCUUGCCCCUGCAAAUUUCAGCCCUAAGAAUUACACGAGUAGUUCCCCUUUAGUGCUACAUACAAUUUACAGGGUGAAUGUUGGAGGUCAAGAACUCAGACCAGAUGAGGACACACUAUGGCGAAACUGGGAUUCUGAUGAUCUUCAUCUGACGAAUUCAAACCCUGGAGGGAAAGUUGGACCCUCACAGACGCCUAAGUACCAGGUGUAUGAAGAGGAUGGUUUCGUUGCUGCUGCUAAUCAUUUUAUUGCCCCAGAUUUAGUUUACGAGACUGCCAAAGUAAUGGACAAUAGUAGUAGCACUAGCAACCCAUCCACUUUGUUCAACAUAACCUGGUCGUUUAAUGUGCGCAGGAACACUAAACAUCUCGUCCGGGCACACUUUUAUGACGCUGUUGGCGGAACUGCUGCCACCAUUGUUUUUAACUUGUAUUCAAAUGGAAACUUCACUAAGAAGGUCGGUGGAUCCAAUUCCAUUUUUCUCAACCAGUUGCCUUACUACUAUGAUUUUGUGGUGGAGUCUAAGGAGUCUGAACUCAUUAGCAUCAGCAUAGGUCCUAACGCAGAAGAAACUACCACUAACAAUUCCUUUCUAAAUGGACUGGAAAUGUUGGAAAUAAUGGAGGAAUCAGCACCAAUUCCAAAUAUGAAAGAGUCCAAGAGCAUAAAUGUCGCUGUUGUGGUUGGUUCGGUUCUUGGAGGUCUGUCUCUUAUCUGCAUUUUGGUUGUCGGGUUCUUGUUGGGUUUGAAAUACAGAAAGGCAAAGCAUGUUGAAACUUCGGAAUGGUCACCAAUGCCUGCAUUUGGAGGAGGGAGUACCCGCAGCAGGUUCACUGAGGGAACGAUUACUGGCUCCCCUAUGACUUAUCUAAAUCUUGGGUUGAAGAUAUCUUUUGCUCAACUUCAGCAAGCAACGAACAACUUCGACACAAAAUUUCUGAUAGGCAAGGGUGGAUUUGGGAACGUCUAUAGAGGAACUCUAUCAGAUGGCAGAAUUGUAGCUGUCAAGCGAGGUAAGCGACAUGAACAUAGUUCAGGUCAAGGGCUUCCAGAGUUUGAAACAGAGAUAAUGGUUUUGUCCAGGAUUCGUCAUCGCCAUCUUGUCUCCUUAAUUGGGUACUGUGAUGAAAGGUCUGAGAUGAUAUUGGUCUACGAGUUCAUGGAAAAAGGGACCUUGAGAGAACAUUUAUAUGAAUCAAAUUUGCCUCGCUUGUCAUGGAAGCAAAGACUUGAAAUAUGCAUUGGUGCAGCAAGGGGUCUUAAUUACCUCCACAAAGGUGCAGCCGGAGGCAUCAUUCACCGCGAUGUGAAGUCCACCAACAUCUUGUUAGAUGCAAAAUGUGUCGCCAAAGUUGCUGAUUUUGGCCUUUCAAGAUCUGGUCCACUUGAUGAAACCCAUGUCAGCACAAAUGUCAAAGGCACUUUUGGUUACCUAGAUCCUGAGUACAUAAUGACUCAACAGUUGACAGAAAAAUCAGAUGUUUACUCCUUCGGCGUUGUUCUCCUUGAGGUGUUAUGUGCAAGACCUGCUCUGGAUAGGAAUCUACCAACAGAGCAAAUAAAUUUAGCAGACUGGGGAAUGAAUUGCAAGAAGAACGGAUUGCUUGAACAGAUUGUUGAUUCUUCACUCAAGGGUCAGAUUGAUCCUAGCUCGCUAAGAAAAUUUAGCGAGAUAGCAGAGAAAUGCUUGCAAGACGAUGCUUAUGAUAGGCCUACAAUGGGUGAUGUACUGUGGGACUUGGAGUACGCAUUACAGCUCCAGCAAACUGCAAAGCAUAGAGAGCCCCACGAGGACAGCACAAUCAAUGCUUCAUCAGAAUUCGUAUUGCCAAACGUUCAGCAUUUUCCUUCCCAUAGCUCUACAGUUAACCAAGAUGAUAUGACAUUUUCCGGGGUGGACGAAUCGGACACGGCAGGAAACGAAGUAUUCUCACAACUGAAGAUUGGUGAUGCCAGAUAAAUCUGUGCAGCUUGUGAGGUAUGAAAGUUAACCUUGUUCAAGUAUCUAUAGAUUGAAUAGCUAUAAGUUCGGGUAUGCCUUGUUAAUUUUAGUCUUAUCUUUGAUAAUUGUACUAGCAUUGCUUUCCUAUCGUUAAGAUGGGAUAUGAUCACAUGAAUUGUGUAUAAGCAGAAGUUAACAAACUCUAUGAUAAAUAAACUAUUUUUCCUUUUUGGGAGUUUCAUCUCA